AUGAAUUCGGCAAAGCCGCUGCCAGAUGACAUGAAACAACCCAAUCCAAGUUCAGCAGUGUACCCGAGUGUUGGUCAGGCAGAGCGACCCCACGCCAGUGUGCGCUGCGCUCUGGAGGAAGGAAGCGCACCGACACUGCGCCACGUGGGAAUCGUUGCGCAGAAAGAUCCCACGAUCCGCAACGCGAAUAAUCGUUCCGUACAUAAUUACAUCGAGAUAGUAGAAAAUAAACAGAGUGCAGAAUAUAGUUUUGCAAAUGCAGAACGUAGCAUCGCAACCAGAUCACCAGGGGACAGCUCAGUCGGUGCUGGAGACGCACUGCAGUCAGAGGCUGGUCUGAUCGCAAGCAGCCAGCUGGCAGCAAGGGAGGGCUGCUGUCAGAGGGAACUGCGGACCCUGGGGUGGCCUUCCACCAGCAUCUGCCGGGGCUUGGGCUCCCGAUCUGAUGUGCCCAGCGCUCGGCUUGUGGGCUUUGUAUCCAGGAGGGCACCGGUGCCCAGACUGAUGGCAUCUCUCGUGGUCUCGGCUCUCGUGUUGCCAAUGCCGAAGGGCGAGGGAGGAGGAGUCCUGCGGAAGGUGGGCUCCGAGAGCUGCCUGCUCGACUGCCAGACCACGCCGUGGCCCCACCGGCUCCUCCGGCGCCGCAAGCACCCGGUGGCGGCGGCUGAGCCGGCUCCGGGUGCGGGGCAGCCGGUGGUGAUCCCAGAGGUGCGGAUCCAGAGGGAGUACAGCCUGAGCGUGGACACCCUGCACCAGCUGGCGGCCGGCAGCCCGGACGAUUCAGACGCCGAGAAGAGCAGCGAGAGCCUGCGAGAGCCCAACCGCCUGGGCGUGGGCGAGCCGGCCAUGUGGCGGACCUACAGCGACGGCAACCUGUCCCGGGCCAGCAGUGAGAGCCGGCCCUUCGCCUCCAGCCACCAGCUCAGCAGCAAGCAGAAGGCAGAGAGCGGCUGGAGCCUCCCUUCGCCCAAGACCCUGCGCAAGGAGCGGGCGUUGGGCCGAGUGGCCGCGGCCAAGGAGCACCUGCGCUCCCUCUUCACCGGAUCCCGCAAGCACCUGGCCUCCAGCGUGGAGUCGGACCUGGGUCUGGACUGUUCCGAGACCGACAGCCGGAUCCGGCGGAAGAAACCCCUGACGAGUCGCCUGGGCUUCCUGCAGCGGUGGAACGACUCCGGUGGGCUGAGUGAGUUGGACUCUCUGAGGCCGACAGCGGAGGAGGCUCAGCAGUGGGCAAAGUCCCUGGACACAUUACUGGCUCAUCGAUGUGAGUACGGGGUCCGGGGUGAACCAGUGCAAGGGUCUGUGCAGCACAGUGCACGGGGGGGAGCGACCCGAGCUCGCCCUGUGUUACGUGGGGCUGGUGGCCGGCCCUGCAGUGGGGUAGAGGCCCCCUCUGCUGGCGGUGAGCUGGUACUGCCGAGCCUCCUGGGGACCAACGCAGGACGUUGCAGGCUGGGUUACCUCUGGCUUGGGCGUCUGCUCCUCUCCCUACAGACGGGCUCCAUCGCGUUCAAGGCCUUCUUGCACACAGAGUUCAGCGAGGAGAACCUUGACUUCUGGCAGGCUUGCGAAGACUACAGGAACACCAAGUCCUCAGGCAAACUCGCCUCCAAGGCCAGGAAGAUCUUCUCCGAGUUCGUCACCAUCCACGCCCCCCGGGAGGUCAACCUGGACUCCUCCACCCGGGACGCGACUUCCGUCAACGUCCUGAGCCCCAGCCGCACGACCUUUGACCAGGCCCAGAAGCGGAUCUUCAGCCUGAUGGAGACGGACUCGUACCCUCGCUUCCUGCGCUCCGAGCUCUACCAGAAACUGGCCAAUCCCAGGCAGCUGAACGGCCUGGACUAGGCGGAGUUAUCAGAGGAGCAGGGGGUGUCGUCGCCGAGCGGGGAGGGGCCUGGCUGGGGCAAGAGGUCCCGAUGACCACCCCCACCCCACCUCCUGCAUGGAACACACCCCGACCCCCCCACAACACCCCGAUUCGCCGGGACGUCUUCAAACCCCCCCCCCACCCCCCACCCCCCUACACACCCCUCCCUCACCGGCAGGGAGGGAGAGACUGACCCAGGAGCUCCUCCGCGCCAUUGCCAAGGCGACUGUGUGCAGACCACCCAAGAUGGCCGACGGCGGAAAGGGGGAGCAGGAGAGCAGCGGGAACGUGAUGCCUCACCAGGCCAAGGAGCCGGCUUAUUUAUUGCGGGGUCUCACGAGGAGAUUUGUCGGUGGGAGCGGUGGGGGGGGUGGGUGUGGAAUCCGUUCUCUUUGUCGGAGGGAUGGAGGGCGAUCAGCUCCCUCCCUGGUUCUCUGGGCUCUGAGGUGACCGAUGAUAAGGGCGAUGUGGGACUCCCAGAGAGGUCAGGAGUUGUCCCAGGGGCCGGGUAGGUAGUUUGGGAGCAGAGGGGUGGGGGCAUCCUUUCUCCCCCUUACGUGUGUGUGUGUGUGCGCUCCUAAUGCAUGGACUCGAGAUUCUCCAAACCAUGAUGGGUACUGUAUGGUUGUCAAUGGAUAUGAUGGGCUCAAGGGCCUGGUUCUUUGCUGUAUCACCAUCCCAGAAUAUUCCUCCUCCACUCAGAGCCAGGCGUGGGUCCGGAAUUCCGGGGAUUCAGUGGGGCCUUCUCAUCUUUCAAGGGAGCUCUGAGCACUUCCUGAGUCUUUCCCUCUGCUCCCCGCCUGUCCCCCCCCCCCCCCCCCCCCAGUGACCCACGGGGAGAGCUGGGAUGGAUGUUUGGCUCCGGGAGCCUGGCGUGGGGCAGGUGAUCGAUGGGGCUCGGGGUGGGGUGGGUGUGCGGGUGACUGAGGGUAACUGGGGGCUCAGUGCUGGGGCGGCUGGGCUGGGGGAAGCGCUGAGUUUACUCGGGUGGAUCCUGAGGUGACCUGAUCCCAGGGAAAGAUGGGGAUUCUGACUGGGAUUCUGUGGUGGGUUCCUUUGGUGUUGUUGGGUCCUGGAUGGAGCUGGUGUCACUACAGCCACCUUAAUUCCCCACAAUUACCCCGUAAUUCCUCACAAUACCCAUUAAUUCCCUACAAUUACCCCUUAAUUCCCAACAAUUACCCCUUAAUUCCUCACAAUUACCCCUUAUUUCCCCACAAUAACCCCAAACUCCACCCCAAACACUGCCCUCAAGCUCCUUCCUCCCCCCUCCAACCACAUUACCACCGUCCCCACCCCCCCACCACCCCCCCCCCCCCCCCCCACUGACCCCCAGCUCUCUGGAUCGGGAGCCAGUGUUUGUGGUAAAACAACAUCUGACAAAGUGGGAGUCACUGAAAAGCGAGCUGGCAGGAGUUCAGGGCCGGCAGGUUCGGCAGGUGCGAAAGGACAAGCUGGUGAGGUCACAGAACCUUGGACGACAAAGGGUGUUGGAGAUCUGAUCAGGAGAAAUGAAGGAGGGCGUGGUACGUGCAGGCAACUGGAUUGAGAGGGGUCUCUUGAGGAAUACAGAGUGUCGGAGAGAGGGAAUAAAUUUGGAGGGCAGAAAGAGGCCAUGAAAUACCCUUAGCACGUAAGAUUAAGGAGAAUCCUAAAUUGGUAUUGGUACUGAUUUAUUAUUGUCACUUGUACCGAGGUACAGUGAAAAACUUGUCUUGCAUACCGAUCGUACAGAUCAAUUCAUUACACAGUGCAGUUACAUAGAGUUAGCACAGAGUGCAUUGAGGUAGUGCAGGUAAAAACAAUAACACUACAGAGUAAAGUGUCACAGCUACAGAGAAAGUGCAGUGCAGUAAGGUGCAAGGUCACAACAAGGUAGAUCGUGAGGUCAGAGUCCAUCUCAUUGUAUAAGGGAAUCAUUCUAUAAGGAGGAAGAGGGGAGCCCAGGAAAGAGUGGGUCCUCCUAGGGACCAAGAAGGUUCUCAAUGUGUGGAGGGAGGGGACUUGGGUGACGUCCUAAAUCAAUAUGUCUGUAUUCACCAAGGAGAAGGAUGUGGAGGAGUGAGUUUGGGGAGGGAUGCACUGAUAUUCUGGAGCAAGUGUUUAAGAAGGUGGGGGUGUUACAUGUCUUGGAAUGAAUACAUGCUCGGGGGCUGGAAGAGAUCCAUCCCAGAAAAACAUCCAGCUCUGUUGCAGGGAGGAGAUUGCUGGGGCCCUGUUGGAGAUCUUUGCAUCUUCGUUAGCUACAGACGAGGUACAGGAAGACUGCAGGGCAGCUGGGAUAAGCCAGCAAACUACAGGCCAGUGAGCCUUGCGUCAGUGGCGGGGAAGUUAUCGGAGAAAAUCCUAAGGGACAGGAUUUAUGUGCGCUUGGAAAGGCAGGGGCUGAUUGAUGGCAGUCAGCGUGGCUUUCAGAGGGAGAAAUCUCACCUCGUGUACUUGACUGAGUAUUUUUGAGGAGGUAACAAAGGAGAUCGACGAAGGCAGGGUGGUAGGGCAUUUAACAAGGUCCCAUGUGGUAGGCUGGCUCAGAAUGAUAAAGCACAUCGGAUCCAGAGGGCUCAGAAUGAUAAAGCACAUCGGAUCCAGAGGGAGCUGAGGUGCAAGGAUUUUUACACAGAUAUCUGGAACGCUGCCAGAGGGGUUGUCAGAUGCAAUCACUACGUUUAAGAGACAUUUAGACAUUACAUAGGCGAGACACAGAAGGAAACGGUCCAAAUGCAGGCAAAUGGGAUUAGGGUAGAUGGGCAAGCGUGGAUGUGUUGGGCCAAAGGGUCUGUUUGUGUGCUGUACACCCCGUGACUCCCCUUCUCCCAACCACAAUACCCCCACAGGCUUUCUUCCUCUUUCCCCCAUGAAACCACUGCAUCCACCGAUACUUCCUCUCCCUCCUCCUCCCCUCCCCACAGCAGUCCUCUGCCCCCACCCUCCCACCUCUGACUGUUGACCAUUCACUCGGGGUGCUGGGAAGUGGCCUCGCACUGUGCCACUCACUGAGAUCAGCGUCUGGGACUCACGCCUGAUCAAUGAGUGCAGCCCUCCCCGUCUCCCCACACCCCCGCCAUAUGCUCUUGAAACACCCUGGGUCAGAUUGGACCCAAGAGUCCGCAGCUUCCCCCUUGCCCACCUGCUGUUGUGUGGCAGAGGAAGAGAGGGGUAGGGAUGGGGAUGGAGGGAGCUGGGUCCGGCAUGAGACGAGUUCUGAGAACAGAGAUUGUCUGCUACCAUGUACAUUAAAAUAAAAAACUACAUAAA